CAGAGGGUGCUAGAACUUCGAAGGUCAAAUACAGGCAAAGCCAAUCGCCUCAGGGUCCCCUUUGUUGAGAAAGAAAGCCGGGUGCAACUCUCUAGUAAGAACUAGGGACUGCAGUUCCUGCUCAGUUAUUAGAGGCUCAGGAUCCAGCUCCUCAAUUAUCAGAGACCCAGGACCAGCUCCUGUGAUGAGAGACCCAGCACCCAGCUCCUGUGAUCAGAGACCCAGGACUCAGCUCCUUAGUUAUCAGAGACCCAGGACCCAGGUCCUGUGAUCAGAGACUCAAGACCCAGCUCCUCAGUUAUCAGAGAUUCAGGACCAGCUUCCGUGAUCAGAGACUCAGAACCCAGCUCCUCAGUUUUCAUCAGAGGCUCAGAACCCGGGUCCUCAGUUAUCAGGAGCUCAGGCAGCAGUGAGCUGGAUCAGCUGCUGUUACUGCUGCUGCUGCUGCUGGAGCUGCUUGGCUCAGUCUUGCUGAGGAAGCCUUCCGAUCAAGCGCAGAGCAUCUGGCUCCUGACCACUUGGGGUUGGGGGAAUGAGCAGGUGUUCCCUGGGUGUCUUUGUAGUCUCGCUGAAGUGGCUACCGUAGCUCAAGAGAUUCUUCUCUCUAUUUCUGUCUCCAACAUGAAUUCAACUAAUUUUUCCAUACUGCCAGUAUUACCCCAAGGUCAAAACAGGAGCUGGAGAAGGGGUAUUCUAUCCAAUUUCUCAGAUCAUUGCCAGAAUUCCACCGACAUGAAUAUCUUCCUGGUCAUUGUUUAUAGCUUGGAGACCUUCAUAGGUAUCUUAGGCAAUCUGUGCCUAGUGGGCGUGGUGAUUAGACAGAGGGAGAAAGCCAAUGUAACUAAUAUCCUCAUUGCAAAUCUGGCUUUCUCAGACUUUAUUAUGAGUCUUUUUUGCCAACCUUUUACCCUCAUUUAUACCAUCAUGGACUACUGGAUCUUUGGGGAUGCCAUGUGCAAAUUGUCCGCCUUCAUCCAAUGCAUGUCAGUCACAGUGUCUGUCCUCUCUCUUGUUCUGAUUGCCCUGGAAAGACAUCAUAUGAUCACCAACCCUUUAGGCUAUAUGCCCAACAUGAUUCACGCUUACCUAGGGAUCAUGGGCACCUGGCUCAUUGCUUGCUUCUUAGCUAUGCCCUUCAUGGCCAAUAGUGUCUUGAGAAAUGUAUUCCAAAACAACCAAUCCAGAGCUAUGGAUUUUUUAGUGGAUAAAGCUGUUUGCACAGAAUCCUGGCCAACGGAUCAGCAGAAAUCCAUUUACACCAUCCUCUUGCUGUUCCUCCAAUACUUGGCACCUUUGACUUUUAUCAUGGCAUGCUACCUGCGGAUCCAUCACCGCCUGAAGAGGAGAAGGGACCUUUUCAGGAAAAACGAGCACUCCUUGGGAGUAGCACAGAUGAAAAGGAUCAACUCGGUGCUUCUGUCCAUGGUAGCGGCUUUUGCCAUUUGCUGGUUACCCCUGCAUGUUUUCAACAGCCUCGAGGACUGGUAUCAUGAAGCUAUUCCCAUCUGCUAUGGGAAUCUAAUUUUUUUAGUGUGUCAUUUGGUAGCCAUGGCAUCCACCUGCGUCAACCCCAUCAUCUAUGGAUUUUUGAAUAGUAACUUCAAAAAGGAAAUGAAGCCAUUGUUCCUCAUUUGUCAGAGUAAGCCUUCAAAGGAAAUCUAUGAACAGCUACCUCUUUCAACCAUGCAAAGUGAGAUUUCAAAAGAAUCUUUCAAGUCAAGUUCUGAGCCCAAUCCUGUAUAGCCCCUUGGAGAAGAGCCACUGCUGCACCAGCAGGUACCACUGUCCCCAUGUAUCCUCUGGCUUGGGAGAAGCAGAAACACACCACUUGCUAAUGGCAGCCUAGGAAACCUGAUGAAAGACGAUCUAUCUGCAUUGCAGCAUCUUAGAUGAAAAUAAUCCAGUCACUCAUUCCUAGGUUUUUGCUAUUUGAAAAUACCCAUGGCUUUUUUUCCCCAGUAGAUGUUCCUUCUCUCCAUGGAGGAACACCUGAGAAGAUUGUCUGCAUGUAGGGCAACCACCACAACAAAAGUCACCCCCUUUUGGGCACCUCUCUGCUCAUAAGCCUCUUCCCACUUUGAUGGGCUGUUUUUCAGACACCAGAAAUACACAAAGUCUUUCUCUUGAUUGUACCCAAAUCCUUUCCAACUGAGUAGGACCAAUUUGGCUUGGAUUCUGUUGGUUCAGCUUUCAGGAACCAGGGUUAAGUUCAUGAGAUUGUGAAAUCUCAAAGCUAAAAAAUAAAGUUAAAAAGUCAAAGCUAAAGAAUUCUAGGCUGCUGCAGGAGCUGCAGAGUAUUUUGCCCAUUGCUGAACUAGAAUACUCCAGAGAUGGAGAGGACAGGCGUACUAGAGUCAGUCUUUAUUCUGAUGACUCAGAAACACAUAAAAUAAGGGAGAAUCCAGGACUUUGGUUUUCAUUAAUGUUUCUGGGAACCAACAAAUAAGUGCAUCUGUUUGGGGAGAGCAAUUUCCAGGAAGCUGAAAGUAUCUGGGAGGAGAUCUCAGUGAGACCGCCCAGCCCGUCAUAGUUAAGCUAACAUGGUAUUGAAAAGCCAAGAUUUAAACUGUAGUUCCUAUCUAAUUUAAACGGUGGUUCUUAUCUGAUAUAUUCUCCUUAAUACAUAAAAGUGAUUGAGGUGACUUUGUAUAGAGGAUCCAUCCUUUGAAUUGUCUUUCAUGUAAUGAUCACAAAUUUACCCACUCAUUUGCCCAUUCAUUUUUAUUGUCUCCAUGAGUUAGUUGUGUCUCCUGCAAAAUGCUCUAGUAUUGGCCGGAAAUCUAGGUUGUAUCACCUAAGGACACUUAUUGGCAAGGUGGCUGAUCAGAGAAUGGGAUUCCACUGGUGGCUGUGGAACAAAACCACUCAGUGGUUCUGGCAAGAGAACAAAUCCCCGACCCAACACUACUGUGCUCCGACCAGCUAAACUAAUCAACAGUAGGCUUAAUCCAGGUGUGUGUGUGGAAGGGAAAAGAGCAAUUGGAUGCAGACUUUCCAGGCCCCUUUGAAACUUGGCAUUGUAGAUAAAGCACUCAAAAUCAGUAGCCCAGUGUCUGAAUUCUGCCUCAAACACUCACUAGCAUUGCAAUCCUGGGCAAACAAUUAAACUCUAUGAACCUCAUUUUAUUCAUGUGUAAAAUGAAAAAAAUAAUAGCAUCUACUACACAGAAUUGUGAGGAUCAGAUGAAGUAAGUAUGUAAAACAUUUUGCAAACCACAAAAUGGUAUUUAAAUGUGAACUAUUGCUAUUUUGACUUUUGUUAUUAUUACUUAACCUAAACAAGGGCUAAUUGGGAAGUUGUUUUGCUGACACAGUGAAAACAGUCUUAUAGUUGAGUUAAACAAUUGUUUUUUUCCCUCACAGGGAACAACUGGUUGUUUCCCCUGUUGAUGCAGAAGAAAUUGUAGUACAGUUACACAACCUUUACCAGAACUUUGAAAGAUGGGGAGGAUACUUGGGUAGCAGAAGAGUGGGAACUGAGAUUUUGGCACCUGAUUCAAGUCAAAAUUCCUCACAGUAAAGAGAUGCUCAACUGCAAGACCAGCUAAGGUGCUGCAACCAUGCUGGUCCCAGACAUCAGGCUCUUAAUUCAUAAUAAAGAGACAUCAAGUAAACUAUUGAACAAUAUUUAUUGUUUUGUUAUUUAGGAAAAAAUCAAUGUAAAGAGAUGACAAUUUUCUUUUGGAAGUCAUGAAAUGACAUUUGCUUCUUUGUAAUAAUACUAAAAAUUGUUCUAUGUGGAAAAACGUGACAUUUUGGGUGGGGGGUUGCUGCCUGCUCCCUCACCUGGCCCUGUGCUGCCGCCCCUUGGCUUGUGUUGCCUUGUUGCCACUUUCCUGGGGUCUACUUCCUCAAGCUCCCUUACUCCCACUCUCUCUCCUUCUGGGGGUUGGGGAAUAGAGGGCCAAGGACAUCUAGCUGUGUUGUGAGGGUUUGGCCCAGAAUCUCUGGGAGAUGGGCUCCUCACCUCCUUCCCAUGAUUUCCCCUAGAGAUGUAGGGUCCUUUGUGCAUUGAUCCCAUCUCCCUCCCCACCUGAAUUUGGCCCAGGUGUAAGAAUUCCUGGAUAUGGCUCUGGAAAAUGCUUUGCAAACCUUAAAGUACUAUAUACAUAUUGGUUAUUAUGGC